AUCAUAGAAGAAGAUGGAGCUCUUGUUGAAAUUGGGCCUCGUUUUGUCCUGAACCUAAUCAAGAUCUUCCAGGGCAGCUUUGGAGGACAAACCCUGUAUCAAAACCCUCAUUACCAAUCUCCAAAUAUGCAUCGUCGGGAAUUAAGACUGGCCCUAGUUGCUAAAUUUAGAGAAAAGCAAAACAUGAAGCAGUUACAGAAAUUGAAGAGUAAGGAAGACCAAGCACUCAUUCCUAAAGAUCCCACCGAGGAAGUAUUUGAAACGCCAGCUGAAGAAAAGCCAGUGGAGAUAGAACUGGUGAGGCCAGAACCAAAAAUGAGGUUGAAAAAGAAAAAGAAGAAAGUACACCAACGGCAGAGGAAGUGGAAGAGAAAGAUUGGCAGAAUUGGAGUUCAGAAUUAGAACUUUGGAAAAAAAGAUGGAGAUUAACUGGACUUUAUAAUAAUGGGAGUCUUAAUCAGUUGCUAUGCUACUUUUCUAAUCAAGUUCUCUACUGUAGCAUCACGUUGUAAUCACUUAUUGGCUGGUGUUAAAUAUUUUUACAAAAAAAUUUUUUUGGCUUUUCUUGCUUUUUUUACUUAAAAAAGGAAGUUGGUGAUAGGUAUAACACAGAGUUAGAGAGAGCCAGUGCCUCUAGCAAUAUGUCUUAGGCCUUACUUUGAAAAGAAAAAUAGCCCACUGGAACAAACCCGUUUAACCCAUCACCCACUCACAGUUUCCAAUAGUUUAAUGACUGAAAUGCCUUCUCAGUUUGAAGAUUAAUACUUUAUGGAACUGGUAUGUUUUCCUGCAUUUGUGCUGUAGAUUUUUGCUGUAGAUGUCCUACAGUAAUUCCUUCCCGAAGAUUCAUAAUAACUGUAUUAUAGAGGCUGUUUACUUAUUAGUGAGGCAUAACUUUUUUGUUACUAUGUUUCCCCAAAAAUAAGACAUCUUAUUUUCUUUUGACCCCCCCCCC